AUGCAGUUUCUGUAAGUAAAAAAAAACACAGUUCAAUCUAACAUGAAUUACUGAUAUGAACUGGUCUUGCUGAAAGAUUUAAACAUCAAAAAUGAAGUUUGUCUAUGUUGUGUGCAUCUGGAUUUGUCUGCCAGGAUUUGGAAAUUCAGCUGCUGAUGGGAUUCACAUAAACAAACUUGAAGGAGAUCAAGUCACAAUUACAUGUAGUCAUGAAUGGGCUUCAGAUUACAAGAAGUAUUUCUGCAGAGAUCCAUGUAAUUAUAAAGAUAAUAUAGUAUCAUCUGAUCAGACUUCUAAUGGGAGAUUCAGACUGAAGGAUUCUGGGACAGGAACGUUCACAGUGACCAUCACUGAUCUACAGGAGUCAGACUCUGGGAUUUACUGGUGUGGAGUGGACAGAGUUUUUCAAGACACAUAUAUAAAGGUCAAUCUGAGAGUAUCUAAAGCAGACAAAAACACAAACACAUCUCAGAAGACUCCAACACCAGAGACAAAAUCUGAUUCUCAAACCUCCACGAGUAGAUCAUUCACUCCCGCACCUGAUAACAUCACAACCUCAUCUCCAUCUAAAGGUCAUAAUGUAACAUCACGUUCAGCUGAUCAAACAUUUUUAGAACAAGCUGGUCUUCUAGUGAUCUUCAUUGUUGGUUUGGCAGUGCUGGUGAUAUUUGGACUGGUGGUCUGUAUGUUGAACAUAUACAAGAGAAAAUCAAACAGUUUCAGGAAUCCAGAACACCCAGAUGCUGAAACUGUCACCACAUGUAUCAUAAAGGGAUUACUGAUAUCAACUGGUCUUGCUGGAACAUUACAGGUUUACACAUCCAAAAUGAAGUUCGUCUGUGCUGUGUGCAUCUGGAUUUGUCUGUCAGGGUUUGGACAUUCAGCUGCUAAUGGGAUUCACAUAAACAAACGUGAAGGAGAUCAAGUCACAAUUACAUGUAGUCAUGAAUGGGCUUCAACUAACAAGAAGUAUUUCUGCAGAGAUCCAUGUAAUGAUGAAGAUAUUCUAGUAUCAACUAAUCGGUCACCUAACAGGAGAUUCAGACUGAAGGAUUUUGGGACAGGAACAUUUACAGUGACCAUCACUGAUCUACAGGAGUCAGACUCUGGGAUUUACUGGUGUGGAGUGGACAGAGUUUUUCAAGACACAUAUAUAAAGGUCAACCUGAGAGUAUCUAAAGCAGACAAAAACACAAACACAUCUCAGAAGACUCCAACACCAGAGACAAAAUCUGAUUCUGAAACCUCCACGAGUAGAUCAUUCACUCCCGCACCUCAUGAUAUCACAACCUCAUCUCCAUCUAAAGGUCAUAAUGAAACACCCCGUUCAGCCAAUCAAAAUUUUUUUGAUCAAGCUGGUCCUCUGGUGUGUACUGCUGUGGGUCUGACUGUGAUGCUGAUUAUAUUUUUGGGGAUCUUCUGUAUGUAUAAAAGGAAGAAGAGAAAGUCACACAGUUCCAGUGGUUCAACUCCGAGUGAUGUUAAAAGAGGGACCACAGAGGUGAGAGAGACUGCAGGUGAGGACAUCACAUAUGUGGACAUCACAGAGACUCAACAGCAGACUGAUACACACACAGUCAUAUAUUCAACUGUCAAUCAUAAUUCUGCAGCCAAUCAGAUUCAAGAUUCAUCCAUCUAUUCCAACCUCUCAAUCCCACCAUACAACUGUAGCAACCAAAUGGCAAACCCCAUCAUUGACACAGUAACAUAUGCAGCUAUUUACAAACAUAAAGUCUCUUCACCAACAGACACAGUAACAUAUGCCAGUGUUUGUUCCUAAAGCUGUUUAACAUACUUGAUGUUUUGGCACAACGUAACUUUUAAAUUAUUAUGUAUAUAGAUAUAAUUUGUAUAGAAGCGUUUAUCACUUUUUGGGAUGUUACAACAAACAGCUUCACCGUUUACUUCCUGAUCUUUACUGUCUGUAUAUUUGGAUAUUUUUGACAGGUCAGUACUUACCUACACUGUAAAAUCAAACAAUAAAACUAACUUAAAAUAGAAAGUACCUGGUACUCAAAAUGUGCCAAAAAGUUUAGCUAACUAUUAUUUUUGAGUUCAUUCAACAUCUAUCAUAGAUUUAAGUUAACAGUAAAUCUUUUUUUGAGUUUUUACAACUACACCAAAGGUAAAGAGUUUAGGGAACUUGAAAAGUAGAUUCAACCAUAAUUAAAUAUUUUAAGUCAAAAGCCCUCUAGUGGCGGUUUUUACCAAAAAGUGACAUCAUCAUUGAAAGGGCACUCAGACGUGUUUUAAACGGAUGAAUUUGCCCUUGGAUUCAAAUAAUUACAAACUUUUGGUGGUUGUGAUGAGUUCAAUUUGCCAGGGAAGCUAAGAAAGAGUCUGUCACUGCAAAUGUACUUCAUUUUAAAGUUAAAUCAACACCAUUGG